AUGCUAGUUAGCUUGUCCACCUCUGCCCUCAUGGCCUCGUAUCGCUCUGGGGUCAUAAGCACGACGCUUCUGCCGAACGGGUCGAACGGCAGGAUUAAUGCUGAGCCGGGUGGGGAUAUGAUCUCAGGUGAUAUGCCAGGCAUGUCAUUGUACGACCAGGCGAAGACCUCAGAAUUAAGGCGAAGGAAGGCGACAAGAUCAGAACGAAGCUCCUGUGAGAGAGAGGUGCCGAUCCUGACCUGUCGGUCCGGGAUGUUUUCAUCAAGAGUAACCAGCUCAAGAUCUUCCACAGGUUCGGCCUGUGGGGGUAACAGAUUCCUCCCUAGGGUCCUCUGGACGCUCGGUGCCAGCUUGAACCGGUGUUGGAACUGGGUUAGUGCGAGGGCCUCGCCCCGAUGUUGGCGGGUUGGUGGACCUUACUGCCGAAGCGUAGCAGCUUCGGGCGCCAAGUUGGUCUCCACGCACCGUGCCUGUGCCAUGAGGUGUAGGAAACUUGAGCAGCAGCAUAUGGGUGGAGAUGAAGACCUUCAUUUGGGCCAUGGCGGGGCGGCCGAGGAUGACAUUGUAGGCUGUGGGGCAGUCGAUAAUGAGGAAGGGAGUGGUGAUUGUCCUCCGCUGGGGUGCCGAUCCAAUAGAGAUGGGGAGAUGAAUGCUUCCAAUGGGCUGGACCACCUCACCAGAGAAGCUCACCAGGGGGGUGAUGCUUCGGUCGAGCAGGUGAGAUGGGACCUGGAGCUCGUUGAAGGCCUCAGCAAACAUCACACUGACCGAACUGCCAGUGUCCACCAGGAUACGCCCCACAUCAAAGUUAGAAAUGUCGGCGCGGAUAAUGAUUGGGUCAUCGUGGGGGAGGAUAACACCGCGCUCCUCCUCUCACAGAAGGUAAUGGGAGCCCAGCCUGAUUUGUGGGUCUUCGGCAAGCGUCCCUGCUCAGCGCUGAAGACCUGA